CAUCGACAACAAACAUCUGAGUCCGCAGAUUCCAUAUUGUGGUGGAAAAAUUUGCCACAAGGAAGAGAUGAAGACAUUUGUAGCUGUAGCACUUUUAGUUCAGUGCGUGUUUAUACUGUGCAGCGAACCAGAGUUCGAAUUCAAGCAUCAUGACAAUGAGGAACUUAAGAAAGUAUUAGAACGUGUCCAUGAAAAAUGUCCAGACAUCACCAACCUUUACGCUCUUGAAGAGACCAGCGUCAACGGGGAACUGCUGGCUGUACUGGAAAUCUCUGACAAUCCUGGACAACACGAGAUAGGCGAGCCGGAGUUUAAAUAUGUCGCUAACAUGCACGGUAACGAGGUCGUCGGACGCGAGAUGCUGCUCAAGCUAGCCGAUUACUUGUGUGAUGAGUAUCGCCACGGCAACGAGGAAAUCCAGCAGCUCGUUAACUUGACGCGCAUACACCUGCUGCCAUCUAUGAACCCGGACGGCUGGGCGCAGGCGGAGCCUUACGAGGAUGCGGUGCAGGGAAUGGAGUCGAUAGAGGGAAGAGCUAAUGCACACGAUGUGGACCUAAACAGGAACUUUCCCGAUUUGAACCGCAUCGUCUAUAGCAACGAGAAGCUGCAUCUGCAGAACAAUCAUGUGCUGAAUCAGCUGCGUCGACUGUCAACGCCGCUGGAACCAGAGACGCGAGCCGUGCUACUCUGGCUGCAGCAGUUUCCUUUCGCGCUGUCGGCGAACAUGCACGGUGGCGACCUCGUCGCUAACUACCCGUACGACGAGAGUCGCAGUGGCAGCAGCCUGGGACACUACACAGCCAGCCCCGAUGACGAGACCUUCAGGGAACUUGCUCUCGCCUACUCCUCCAAGCAUCCGGAGAUGUCUAACCUCAACCACAAGUCGUGCAGCCCACAGGAUCCCAACGACGGAAACUUUGCUCGUCAGGGCGGCAUCACAAAUGGCGCUGCGUGGUACAGCGUCGCCGGCGGAAUGCAAGACUUCAACUACUUGAGCUCCAACGCAAUGGAGAUUACACUGGAGCUAGGAUGCAACAAGUAUCCACCAGCAGCUGACCUUCCUAAGUACUGGGACCAGAACAAGGACUCGAUGCUUAACUUCAUGUGGCAGGCCCACACCGGUGUGAAGGGUGUCGUGUCAGACGCUGCGACGGGCGAGGGCAUCGCUAACGCCCUCAUUCAGGUCAAGAACCUAACGACCGGUCAGACCAUCAAUCACGACGUCACCUCCGCGCACGGCGGCGACUACUGGCGCCUCCUAACGCCCGGCCGCUACGAGGUGACGUCCGUCGCUGCCGACUACACACCCGAGACGAAGGUCGUGGAGGUCACGAACCCAGAUCACGCUGAGGCCGUGGUCAUCGACUUUCAUUUGAAGCCUCUUGCCGACUAUGUGGAGACGAAUGAGAACGACGAGUAUGCGGGUGGCAGCAACGAGGCAUACGAGCAGAUGUUGAGAGAAGAGGCUGAAAACAUCGACAAGAUGACUAGCGAAGAACUCGCGACAUACGAGGAGGAGUUCGCAAAAUACCUGUACGAGAAGAUGGACGGCAAUCGACUCCACUAGGGGGCGCUACCGAACGUGACGCCGUCGCUGCGGUCGCGUCAGUUGAGUUGCAGGAGUGAAUGGGUAGUCAGUAUUAAUCUAGUCUCACAGCUAGGAAAACCAAAUCUAAGACUGCUAGUCUGCGGCGUUUUCUCAGCGGUCAGUUGCUAUCAUGUCGGACGACCUGAAAUCGUAGUACAGUUCGACCUCGUUUAUCCGGCCACCAGUUAUCCGGAAACCUCUAUUAACCGGCCGCGAUCUCGCAGGGUAUAUACCAUACACCACUAGUACUAGUAGUACCAGUACCAGUGCCAGUGAAUAGGCGUCUAGCGAUCUUUCUGACAAACGAUCUCGGCGCAAA